UAAUUUCUCCGUCGCUUCCGACGCGCACAGAGAGGUUUGUUGUCAUUUAAAGGGUUCACAGCUCACUUGUAUGCAAAGAAAAGCUUCUUUUUUUCUUAUUUUUGUUUUUUACAAAUUCAGGUCCAAAACAUGAGCACACUAUGGAUGGGAAAUUUGGAGCCCUACAUGGACGAGAAGUUCAUAACCCGAGCCUUCGGCACCAUGGGAGAGUUGGUGGUGAGUGUACGGAUUAUACGCAACAAGAUGACUGGUAGGGGUGCAGCAGGCUACUGCUUCGUGGAGCUGACGGAUGAAGCCACAGCUGAGAGGUGUCUUCGUAAAGUCAAUGGAAAAGCACUACCAGGAGCCACACCGCCUCGAAGAUUCAAGUUAAACCGGGCCACUUUUGGGAAGCAAGGAGAAAGCGGUCCACUCUAUUCCCUGUUUGUUGGGGAUCUCACACCUGAAGUGGAUGAUGGGAUGCUCUACGAGUUCUUUUACAACCGCUACCCAUCCUGUCGUGGGGGGAAGGUGGUGCUGGAUGGCACGGGGAACUCCAAGGGUUGUGGGUUUGUCCAGUUCCCAGACCAGAGGCUUCAGAAGCUGGCGCUGGAGGAGUGUCAGGGAGCGGUGGGGCUCGGGAGCAAGCCCCUACGACUGAGCCUAGCUGCUAACAAAACUCGGCAUAAUCAAUCAGACAACAGGGGAUGGGGUUCCCACGGAGGAGGCUACAGACACAACCAGAACCAAUACAAUCAGCACAAUCAACAGCCGUACGGUAGUGGAUGGGGCUCUUGGGGCUACGACCAGAAUGGGGGCAACUAUGGCGGCUACAAUUACAACCAGUAUGAUUACACACAGAAUCCUGCACAGGAAAAUGAAGCUUUUGAAGAUGAUGGUCUGGAAGAUCCUAACCCAGAGCUGGAUGUGGUGGAAGCCAACAGGAAGUUUAUGGAACACAGUGAGGAACUGUAUGAUGCCCUUAUCCAGUGCCACUGGCAACCCUUGGAAUCCUCGGAACAAACCUUUGGAACCACAAGUACCCUUCUAGAACCUGUCUACUGUUAAGGCAAUAUCCUCUUGCUAUGUUAUUUGGCCUCUCAUAUUAUUUUCUGUAGGCUAAAGACAUCCCCAGUCCUUGACAAUAACUGCCAUUUGCUUACAAAUGUUGUUUGUCAAUCAACAAAAAAUGAUUUAUUUUGUGCAUCUAUUGACAUGUUUUUUUUUUAACAACAAAUAAACUGGACACGUGGCUCAUCCUGUACCUAAGAAUAGCUUCCCAUUUUCAUGUCUUAUGCUUUGCUAAACCGCAACAAUGAUAUCUGUAUCCUAAAUGGCCCUCUGUUCACUUAAGUGCAGCAUAGCUUUUUUUCCAGGGCCUGAAGGUCACUGGUCAAAAGUAGUGCACUAUAUAGGGAAUUAAAGGGCCAUUUCAGUGUUUUAAUUUUUGUAUUAAUGUCUUUUCCCUUCUCAAUUGAGGAGUAAGUGAUUGAGUCAUCUGCAGUGUUACACUGCCUUCUGUCUGUUUCCAUAUGUGUUGUAAAGUAAGAAUAAACAUAUGUAUCAUGUU